CAGCUCAUACAGAUAGAAUCAACUUUGACUUCUCCUGACAACCGCUAUCUUCUCUUAGUAUACCUCUUGGACGAACCCUUUGCAAUUCCUACUUCCUCAAACAUCCUCUCACCCAUUGACGUCAAAAUGAAGCUCUCCCUCAUCGCCCUCAUUGCCGCUGCUGCCCCGGCCAUUCUGGCCGCCCCUGCCCCUGAGGCUGAGCCAGGUGCUCCAGCCAAGUACGGCGACCAUUAUCCUCCCAAGGGCGGAUACGGUCGCUACGGUGACAAGGGUGGGAAGCAUAAGGGCAAGGGAGAUGACGACGAUGACGACGACAAGUACGACGACAAGUACGGCUAUCCUUCCAAGGGCGGAGACAAAGGCCACUACAACAAAGAUCGCCGUGGCAAUGAUUAUGGAGGUUAUGGGGACGACAAGGGCAAGGGCCAUGGAGGUUAUGGGGACGACAAGAGCAAGGGGCAUGGAGGUCAUGGGGACGACAAGAGCAAGGGGCAUGGAGGGGACGACAAGGGACACGGCAAGGACCAUUGGAAGGACCACGACAAGGGCUACGGCAAGGGCUACUAG